UUCGUUGUUUCUGGCUUUUUCAGGGGCUGCUCGCUCGCAACCAGAGACGCUGCUUUUUUUUCCGGGUUCGGAGCCGUUCCGGAUGCUUUAGGCUGCCGGAUGACUGAUCUCCAGAUAACUGAGGCGUUUCUGUACAUGGAUUAUCUGGUGGCUGAAAAGUACAUCCAGCUGAAAAUCAUCAACCAUUUAGACUACAUGCUUCAUUUGAGUUGUGUUUCUGGAUGCAAGUCAAGUAUGACAACUUGUUUUAGAGCACUCUGCUGCAAGGGACCACCGCCUGCACGACCAGAGUAUGACCUGGUUUGCAUAGGCCUCACAGGCGCUGGCAAGACCAGUCUGUUGUCCAAGCUCUGCAGUGAAAGCCCCGACAACGUCGUGUCGACCACAGGUUUUAGUAUAAAAGCAGUGCCAUUCCAGAAUGCCAUCUUGAAUGUAAAAGAACUUGGAGGGGCUGAUAAUAUCCGGAAAUACUGGAGCCGCUACUACCAAGGAUCUCAAGGGGUCAUAUUUGUAUUGGACAGUGCCUCUUCAGAAGAUGAUUUAGAAACUGCUAGAAAUGAACUGCACUCAGCUCUUCAGCACCCACAGUUAUGCACUUUACCCUUUUUAAUAUUGGCCAAUCAUCAAGACAAGCCAGCUGCUCGAUCAGUACAAGAGAACAGCCAACUCCUUCUUCUAGCUGUCGACUUAAACAUCUCCCCCACCUGUCGCUCCUGCCAACUCUUCUCUCCCCCUGCUGGCCAAUGUCCUGCUCAGUCGGCUGACUGGCAAGUCCUCCCAUCGUGGGGCAGGGUUGGUCCCAGGUGCUGGCUGUUGCACAAGCAAUUUCAGAUUCUCUUGGAAGUCAAAAAAUAUUUUGAACUUGAACCACUUGCACGUGGGAAACGCUGGAUCCUGCAGCCCUGCUCGCUGGAUGACAUGGAUGCACUGAAAGACAGCUUCUCUCAGCUGAUAAAUUUGUUAGAAGAGAAGGACCAUGAAGCUGUAAGAAUGUGAAAUCUGGCAAAGAAAACGGGUUCCCAAAAGGCCUUGAACCUAUCACAUUAUUUUUUCUCAUUUUAAUUUUAUUUUGGUAUCAAGACGAUAAUGGCUUCAGUAUCUAUUUUCCUCUAGUUAUCUCAGACUCUCAUCUCUCUGUUAAAGUGAAUAUUCUGUAAAUCAGGUGACUUAUCAUCAGCAUUAACGUCAAGUCCACACUACUGAGAGAGAAUUUAUUCUCUGUUUACCACUAAUUAUCUUCACUGCAUGUCUCUUCCUUCUGUUGUUCUAAGUGUCUCUUCUGUCCUCUGUGCUAAAAUGAAUGGAGUUCGUGGCUCGCAGAAACCACAUCCCUGAUGGACUCAGGGAGACUCAGAACCUUGACUCAUUUGCCCUGGGUUCGGGGUGGAGUGUUGUGUGACUGGGGUGCCCCAGAAUAUGUAUAUAUCAUUUUCAAGAUCUCUUCACGGUUUUAUUUUGUUUUAUCUUAUUUUAGUUUUUAGUUUUUUUGUAUACUGGCCUUAUAGAUUAUGGGAGAAAAAUGAGCACCAAAAACUUCAAUUAAUCACCUUACCAGAAAGGAAUACCCUGCCAUAGUAAAAUUACCUUUGAAGAGCUUAAAGACAAGAUGCAAAUGUUUCCUUCAUUACGUCUAAAGUCUCCCUUCUUUUAAGAACAAAGACAUUGUUUUAGUUUUUGAGACGAGUUAGAGGAAAUUUAGGCACAAUGCUUGCGUCACUGAUUACUAUAUCAUCAAGUUCUCAAAUAUUUUUUAAUGGAAAGAUUAUCCUGCAUAGAGUCAAACUGCAACAUAAUGUAGGUAUCUUUUUCUAAAACUCUUAAGUGUCUGAUUAAAAUAGAGAAGAUAAUUUUUAAAAUAAUGGAUAAAAUUUUUUAAAACCACCAAAUGAAGUUUAGUUUAUACUGGCUAGGGUUUAAGCUGGCAUGGAUUUGACAAAGAUAACAAAGACAGAAUCGUCUGUGUAUUCAUUCGUUAAGUGCUAACAUUAGUUUAAUGGAGUCUGUUAAUGUCUCCAUACAGUAAUGAAAGGUCUAUCCGUAUUUCUAUUGCGAACCUCUAUUUUCAGGGGUUUCAAUGUGCCCUUAAAAACAUUCUGGGGCUACAGCAAAUAAAUAAUUUUAGGGCCCAGAUUCAGGCUUUGGAAGGAAUUUUUUCUUCAUUUAAUUUAAAUGAUAAAAUUACAAGAGAUAAAUGUACAGUUUUACAAAAGUUUGGCACCUUUGACCUUUUCUAAGUCAGGAAUAAUCUAUGGAUAUUGAGGUUUAUGGUUGACAUACCCUUUGGCACAUUUUGUAGAUUUUUGACCAUUUACAAGACUAAGAGGCCAAAUGAUAGAAAACUGCUCCCUUCACCUGAGCAAUAAAAACAUGUUUGUAAUUUUUAGGUAGCAUAGACUGAUGCUCAAAUACCACAGACUCAUACUGUAUUACAGGAAGAUGUAAUACCUUGUUAUUCUCUAGAAGAUAUGUCAUUUCACUCCAGCUUUUGCGGUUUAAUCUUGUAGGUAGAUUUUAAUUGAGAUCAUUACCUUUGAAACAUCGAACAACUUCUUUAAGCUUUUUUUUUAAUUGAACGGAUAAAAAAGAUUCAUAUUGAAUUUUGUCUACGGCGUCUUUGAAUAUUUUUACACUGUGUAAUCUGUGAGCAGCACAAACUUUUAUUCCGAUGCCCAGUUACACAAUUCCUGCUUUUUUAUUUUGUCCUGUUGUGCUCAUCUUCUAUGAAAAAUAAAUGAUUAUUAGGCAUUGCUUUCUCUGCAAGUUCAUUAAACGUAGAAUGUUGUCUUUUUGAGAUACUGUGGCUGAGUGCUCCUAAGCCAUCUGUUAAAUGACUUCCCGUUGUCUGUGUGUGUGUGUGUUCGUUCGUGUGUGUGCCAGUGAUGGGCUUCUUCUCAGACCCACGACUGUCUGCAGUGUCUCAGCCGUCAGAAUGAAAACAUUAUCAAUCAGUACCCAACAACAGCUGUUUUUGACAAGUUUCUGUCUGACGCCUAAUGCUUUGCAACUGUCAAUAAGGCUCCUUCUUUGUCUAGCAGUUCGGGAGCUCGCUGUCUUGCUGCUUCCUUGUGCGGCAUCCUGUCCUUGUAACCCUAGAAUUUGCCAUGUUUCAGAAAUCCACACGGGGGAGGGGAAGGGGCUUGGACGGGCGUGUUGUGGGUGGGCGGUGGUUGUGCGUGUGUGUCAUGUUCCUGCUUUCAUGUAAAGUGCCACAGGUGUCUUAGUUUGCAUAUUCAAAUAUUAUAUAGGAAAAACAGUCUGUUAUGUAUUUCUUCACUUAGCUUCUUGUUAUAUUUAUGGAAGUUACCAGUUUUUGUAUCUUCUUAGCUAAAGCAGUUGCCUUUUUGUAAUGGCAAUUAAUUUAUAUGACAAAACUUUGUAUCUACUGUAGUUUACAGCAUCAGUUGCUAAUUAACUGCCAUAUUGCCCUGUCUUUCUAUUAAAAAAAAUACUGUGUCUAUACUUAAAGGUUAACAGAUUUCAUGUGGACAAUUGCCAGGCAAGAGCUCGUAUUGUCCGUGAUUUAUAUAUAUGAUUUCCACUAUCUUCAAAUGAAAAUAAACGCUGAGUAGAAUUGA